AUGACCACAGUUCUUGAACGCAUCGAUCCUGCCGUUGCCCAGGCGAUUGCCAACGAAAACCGGCGACAGCGGGAUUCCAUCGUGCUCAUCGCCUCGGAGAAUUAUGCCAGCAAGGCAGUGCUCGAAGCCCAGGCCCAGUUGAUGAACAACAAAUACGCCGAGGGAUACCCGGGCCGUCGAUACUACGGUGGUUGCGAAAACGUGGAUGUGGUUGAAACGCUGGCUAUUGAUCGGGUCAAGGAACUGUUUGGGGCCCAACACGCCAACGUGCAGGCCCACAGCGGCGCCCAGGCCAACAUGGCGGCGUAUUUCGCGGUAUUGGAGACGGGCGACACCGUUCUCGGUAUGCAGUUGGACAUGGGGGGACACCUGACCCACGGUGCUGGAGUGAACUUUUCCGGUAACCUGUACAACUUCGUGCCGUACGGCGUGGAUCGGGACACGGAGACCAUCGACUACGACCAGGUUGAACAACUGGCGCGGGAGCACAAUCCCAAACUGAUCGUUGCGGGUUGCAGCAGCUACUCGCGUAUCCUGGAUUUCCCAAGGUUCAGAGCAAUCGCCGAUUCGGUGGGCGCCCAGUUGAUGGUCGACAUGGCCCAUAUCUCGGGGCUGAUUGCCGGUGGGGCGCAUCCGUCGCCAUUCCCGCACGCGCAGAUCGUUACCUCCACGACGCAGAAAACGCUGCGGGGCCCCCGCGGCGGAAUGAUUCUCGCCGAUGCCGACCUGGCCCGAAAAAUAGAUUUCGCAGUUUUCCCGUAUAUGCAGGGCGGGCCGUUCAUGCACGUUAUUGCCGCGAAAGCGGUUUGCUUCGGCGAGGCCCUCCAGCCCGAUUUCUCACGUUACGCCCACCAGGUGGUGGCCAAUGCCCAGGCAUUGGCGCAGGAGUUGUCUGAGUCUGGCGUACGGCUGGUUGCCGGCGGGACCGAUAAUCACCUGAUGCUGGUGGAUCUCACGCCGCUGGACAUUACCGGCAGACAGGCGGAACGGGCCCUGGAAUCGGUAAACAUCGUGGCCAACAAGAACGCGAUACCAUACGACCAGUUGCCUCCACGAACUGCGUCCGGCUUGCGCCUGGGUACCCCUGCCAUCACCAGCCGGGGCAUGGGCGAAGAUGACACCCGGCAGGUUGCCAGGUUGAUCGUGCGUACGCUGGCGAACAUAGGCGACGAGGCCGCCCUGUCUGCAAUUGGGGAAGAGGUCAGGCACCUGGGCAACCGCUUCCCCGUCCCCGGCCUGGACGAAGAAUAA